ACCGAAUAUUGUUGUUCUAUUUUUAGACACAUCUCGCGAUCGACUGGGAAUCUCCCCGCGAUCGACCGGUCGAUCGCGAUCGACUGGUUGGGCACCCCUGAUGUAGCCUAUGAGCACUGUAAUCAUUACAUAGUGGUUUAAAAAACCCAUUUUCAUCAAGAUAUGUUGUCCCUUACUUAACAAUAUAUUUUACUUUCUAGGAAAAACCAUGAAUUUUCUUCAAAAUAUUUCCUUAUCUUUAAAAUAUACCAAUAACAAACAAUGUAGUCAAACAUUCAAACUACACUUUAUUGACCUCAUUUGUUUAUAAAAUAAAUGCAGAAAAAGUUUUGUUUAACUUGUGAAAAUAGUGUGUUUAUUUUAAUUAACAUUUAAAUUAAUCAACUCUGGUUCAAAUUGUAACAAAUCAUGACAUAAGACGGAUACAUUUUUGAGAGUAUAACAUAUAAUGCACUAUGAGAGAUGUAUUCUUUAACAUCCAAACAGUAUACAAAUAGAUUAACUGAACUCCACCUCAACCAGUUAUAUUGUGUAAAAGCUGUCAUUGUGGCAAUGUUAUAUUUAUAGAGGGAGGGGGAAGAAGAAACAAGCAACAAGCAUUUUUACUUUUGAUUCUGCAAUUGAACGACCACUACCUAAUUCUAACAGAAUAUAAAGAUUGUUUUGUAUUUCUGCUUUUACUUAAGUAAAGGAGAAUUUAGUAAAAAACCGGCAAGCAAACUGGAAAAAUCCACACAUUUCAGGAUGUUUCUUAACGCUCUUCCUAGGGGGGUUGAAGAGGGUGUAAAGUUCAACGUUUGACAAUCAUCAGUGAAAUUAGUCUUGUCAUACUCUGCCAUACCAUUGCAGCACAGUCUAGUCUAACCCGGACUCCUGGGAUAGAAAGACACAUCGUGAUGGUCUGAGCUCGAUUGACAACAGUAUGAUAGCUCUUGGAGGGAAGAUGAUACCAUGCUACACUGUACAGAGGAACCUGGCAUGUAUUCAGCGCACUGUGGGAUUAUAAUUAUGAAUUUCUGCCAUCUCCAACAUAAAGCUCAAGUACCUGGUGGAGUUCAUUGGACGAGCAGCUGUAGACCAGCCCCGCUUCUGACAGCCUCUCCUGUUUGUGCUCUCAUAGAUGACAAGAUCAGCAUCAGAGGACACUUCCUGCCCCCACGGUGUCCCGUCACAGUGUGUGCACAAAUGCAAAGUGAUGAUGGUGACCUGUGGGAAGCAUUUGCCCAUUUUAAUACAAAUUUAGAUGGGACUGUAAACUUGACCAGGGAUCCUUCAGUCGGGGGCUCAUAUUUGGGCUGUGAGCCAAUGGGGUUGCUAUGGGGACUGCAGCCGGCUCCGGGGGCCAGAGAAGGCUUGAGGCUGAGAAAAAAAAAAGUAGAGACUCCAUACGUAAUGCUCAUGUCCUUACUGAAGGGCCAUGUUUCACCCAGUGAGAGACCCAGCACCGAGCUCGCUGCUGUAACUGCUGAGCGCUGGUACAUGGCACCAGGCGUACGGAGAAUAGAGAUUCGCCAGAAAGGAGUUGUCGGGACGUUGUUUUUACCGCCUGGCCCAGGCCCAUUUCCAGCCAUGUUGGACCUGUGGGGAAUGGGUGGAGGACUGGUAGAGUACCGCUCCGCCCUUUUUGCCUCCAGGGGCUAUGCUAGCUUCUCCCUUGCCUACAUAGGGCACAAAGAUUUGCCUGGCCCACAAAAUCGGAUCAAUGUUGGUGAUCCAUAUUUCAAAUCAGCGUUUCAACUACUUCAAGAUCAUCCUCAGGUCUAUCCCGACAGAAUUGGGAUCAUAGGACUCUCCUUUGGAGUCUACCUGACUCUCCGGCUUGCCAAUCAUUCUGACAUCAAACCUUCCUGUUUGAUUUGUAUCAAUGGACCAGCAGGAAGCACCAUCAAGCUCAGAGACGCAGAUGACAGGACUGAACAAAUGGAAAAUGACCAGAAAUAUUGGACGUAUGAUGAUCAGGGCAAUGUGAGUUUCAGAGCCGUCUCCUUGCCUGCCAACCUUUCCCCUGAGAGCAAAGUGAAGUUAGAGCAUCUCACAUGUCCAUUAAUGUACAUAGUGGGUGAAGAUGACUUGAGUGCUUCAAGUAUAGAAAAUGCGAACCUGAUUGAAGAGACCCUGAGUGCUACAGGUAAAUCCCAGCUGUUUACCCGGUUGUCGUACCCUGGUGCCGGUCACCUGAUUGAACCGCCUUACACGCCAAAUUCAAGAGUGUCCCUGUGGAGCGUCAAACCACAAAAACUGGCCACUCUGUGGGGAGGUCACCUUGCACCCCACGCUGCUGCCCAGGAAGAUUCCUGGAAGAAGAUCCUGGAAUUUAUGGAAACUAACCUCAGACAUUGAAUUGUUGUACGAUAUUAUCUCAGUCUGGCUUCAGAUGCUCCACAUCAAUAACGCUGAGGAACCCCUUGAAGUAGCCUCCAUGUUUUUUUUGUCAUCAUGUAUACAUGUAUUUUAUAACUUAUAUAAUACUAAACAUUCUUCAAAAAAAA